ACAGAAUACACUGGGGGACACAAACCCACCACACAGCUGCACACAGGAGACUCAGCCAACGAAACGGAGUAAAGUCUACGGUCUCUACUCGGACUCACCAGGGAUAACAAGAAGAAAUCUGUGCCUCUUUGAGGAACGUAAACAAACAGGAUAUCAAACGUUCUCCCGCGUCGUCGGAUUCUGUCGAAUGCACCGAUCUCAGCGGCUCGUACGGAUUCCUUCGGGCUACUGUAGCAAGAGGAAAGUGUCUUGAGUAGCGCGCAACAAGGAGGAAAAGAAACGUAUGGUCACAACACUUGACCGAGGAAGACACUAACGGGCAGCUGAUAUUAGAAGACAAAAUGAUAUGCACUUAGGUUGUUAGUUUAUCUUCCAUUGUAUGUUGGUUAGCUAGCAAGUUGUUGGUCGCCCAGAAAAGACUCAACUUCCAGUGGAAGUCAGUGGUGAGAGACCGUGGACGGUUAACAAGCUAACGUUAGCUAGCCAAUUUCCUCCUUCCAACGCCCCCUCCCCCAUCAUAACAGCUAGCUAGCUACUGGUGUCUCUGUGCCAGAGCCCACAACACUGUGUGAAAGAAAUGAUUAUGGCAAAUUGUGUGCGGUUUCGCCUGUCUCUUUUGAAAUGACGUGCAUUUGCCCGAAGAUCAGGAUUCGUUAGCUGAGAUCGCUAAUUGCAUGAGUGCGUUUCGUGUCGGUGCGAUAAAGCGGUUGUUAGCUAGCGCUAUCUAUGCUAGCUAAGUAAGUAUAUUAUCUAACGUUAGCUGGUUAGUUCAAAUUGAACUGGCUACAGUACAGGAUUAGCUACUUGCUAGCGACUGUAAGUAACUCGCUACCAAGUAGCAACGUUUUGCACAGCAGUUGGUCGUAGCUAACAAUCGUUAACUGGCUGUUUUCGUGGCAUAAUUUGUUUAAAUAUUGCAUAUAGUUACUGUAGUGCCAAUAACAUUGUUGUUUUCUCGUUAGCUAGCUAGAUUUUGUCGGAUAUCUAGCUGAUUGUUUCAGCAUUGUUUUUUUGCACGCUGGCCUGGAUAUUCAGCUAGCAACCUGCGUCUAUAUGGCGACGUUCUACGAUUUAUGUCCUCUGAUAAAGAAGAACAUUGUAGACAGAUAGGAAGCCAACAACUGACGAUAUGAAAGCAAAGCUGACAAUUGGAGGCGAUUGUUUUGAUUCUUCAUUUUGGUGAAUACAUGUGAACCUACCUUAUUCGGCAUCUGGACUAUUCAAUCGUGGUCAGGUUUUUUUUUGUGAUACAGGCGAGCUGGCUUGCUCUUGUUAUUUUAGCUUUCUACCCUUAUCGUUUUUACAGGAUGUCUUCAUCGGAUGCCAUUUCGAUAGAUUUUAUGCAGCCCAUCUUUGUCGACGCUUAAUGUUUUGUUUUAUAUUCAAGCAUAGGCGACAAGAAACAGUUAGGAAGCUUGAAACAUACGUCUUGCUGGAGUCACACGUACCGCAAUAUUUACAUAAUUUUUUCGCUUGCAUAAUUUUUUCGCUUGCCAAGAAGAUAAAACAAAUCAUCCAGGAUCAGUGGGGUUUGACAGUUAUUAGCUAACUAGCUGGCUUGCUAGUUAGCCAAACCUAGCAGGUGGUCCAUCUAAAUAAGUGAAGCGCUCUGAAUGGGCAGAAACGAAAAUCUCAUCAAUCUUGUCUGCCAUUAUUUUUAACUGCUUUAUAUUCGGAGUCCAUGAAACCACCACACACGUUUGCACAUAACGGAACCUUAUUGAUGGAAAAAAUCAUCACACCCAGAUGAGUGAACUCUCAAUAAACGAGUCAUCUAGUGAGUUAUCAAUCUCUCCAUUUUUUUUCUGUCACAAUGGUUGUGUUUUGAGAGACCGUGUUUGCCAAACCUAGAGGAAGAAAACGACAGUCUCCAUUCGAUGGUCGUCAUUCCGCAUAGCUGUCUUGGUCGCCCUGGUUGGAUCUAGCUAGAUUCAGUGGACAUUCGAUUUGUCUUUCCUAUAAAAUAAAAAAAACGUUCCCACGGCAGGUGUUGUGUCCACCCAAGGUUGAAGAUGGCGGACCUCGAAGCAGUUCUCGCCGAUGUCAGCUAUUUGAUGGCGAUGGAGAAGAGCAAAUCUACUCCAGCGGCCCGGGCGAGCAAGAAAAUCAUACUGCCUGAACCCAGUAUUCGCAGUGUGAUGCAGAAGUACCUAGAGGAGAGAGAAGAGCUGACGUUUGACAAAAUCUUCAACCAGAAGAUUGGUUUUCUGCUGUUCAAAGAUUUCUGUUUGACUGAAAUCGACGAGGCCGUACCACAGCUCAAGUUCUACGAAGAGGCCUUCUCUAAGAAAGCAGUGGACCACGUUCAGACUCACCUGGCCAAGAAACAGGUGCCUCCCUCUCUCUUCCAGCCGUACAUCGUGGAGAUCUGUGACAGCCUGCGAGGGAUGAUCUUCCAGAAGUUCAUAGAGAGUGACAAGUUCACUCGUUUCUGCCAGUGGAAGAAUGUGGAGCUGAACAUCCAUUUGUCGAUGAAUGACUUCAGUGUCCACCGCAUCAUCGGUCGGGGGGGUUUCGGGGAGGUGUACGGCUGCAGGAAGGCUGACACCGGCAAGAUGUAUGCCAUGAAGUGUUUGGAUAAGAAAAGGAUCAAGAUGAAGCAGGGGGAGACUCUGGCUCUGAACGAGAGAAUUAUGCUGUCACUUGUCAGCACAGGGGACUGUCCGUUCAUCGUGUGCAUGACGUACGCCUUCCACACACCAGACAAACUCUGCUUCAUUCUGGACCUGAUGAAUGGAGGGGACCUGCACUACCACCUGUCUCAGCACGGUGUGUUCAGUGAGAAGGAGAUGCGCUUCUACGCAGCAGAGAUCAUCCUGGGACUUGAACACAUGCACAACCGCUUUGUUGUCUACAGAGACCUCAAGCCUGCUAACAUCCUGUUGGAUGAGCAUGGUCACGUGCGUAUCUCAGACCUGGGUCUGGCCUGCGACUUCUCCAAGAAGAAGCCUCACGCCAGUGUUGGUACUCAUGGGUACAUGGCGCCGGAGGUGCUUCAGAAGGGGACGGCGUACGACAGCAGCGCCGACUGGUUCUCACUGGGCUGCAUGCUCUUCAAACUCCUCCGAGGGCACAGUCCCUUCAGACAGCACAAGACCAAAGACAAACACGAGAUUGACCGCAUGACGCUCACUAUGAACGUGGAGUUGCCAGACUCGUUCUCUGUGGAGCUGAAGGGUCUGUUGGAGGGUCUGCUGCAGAGAGACGUGGCCAAGAGACUGGGCUGCUUGGGACGAGGGGCCCCAGAGGUGAAGGAGCAUCUGUUCUUCAAAGGCAUCGACUGGCAGCAAGUGUAUCUUCAGAAGUAUUCUCCCCCUCUCAUCCCUCCAAGGGGAGAGGUAAAUGCAGCAGAUGCAUUUGACAUUGGCUCCUUUGACGAAGAGGACACCAAGGGUAUCAAGUUGUUGGACAGUGACCAGGAAUUGUACAAGAACUUCCCCCUGGUCAUCUCAGAGCGCUGGCAGCAGGAGGUGGCUGAGACGGUGUACGAGGCGGUCAACUCCGACACGGACAAGAACGAGGCCCGCAAGAGGACCAAGAACAAACAGCUGGGCCACGAGGAGGACUAUGCCCUGGGGAAGGACUGUAUAAUGCACGGCUACAUGUUGAAGCUGGGGAACCCGUUCCUGACGCAGUGGCAGCGCCGAUACUUCUACCUGUUCCCCAACCGAGUGGAGUGGAGGGGAGAGGGGGAGUCACGGCAAAACCUGCUGACGAUGGAGCAGAUCGUGACGGUGGAGGAGACGCAGAUAAAAGAUAAGAAGUGCAUCCUGCUGCGCAUCAAAGGGGGGAAGCAGUUUGUCCUGCAGUGUGAGAGUGACCCAGAGUUUGUCCAGUGGAAGAAAGAGCUGACCGAGGCAUUUACUGAGGCCCAGAAGCUGCUGCGUCGCGCCCCUAAGGUCAUCGGGAAGGGUCGGGCUGGGGGGGUGGAGCUCUCCAAACCUCCUCUCACACACCGCAACAGCAACGGCCUGUAGGCCGCACACACACACACACCUACACACACACCUACACACACCGCAUCCUAUAACCUCAUCCCAUAUGAACCCGCCCGCCACAGCCCCAAGUCCUAGACACACACACACACACACACACACACACACACACACACACACACACACACACACACACACACAUCCAAUAAAGCCCCACACUCUCACUCUGGCGUGUGUAUGGACCAAGCCUGCCAGCCUCUCUCCUCUGUUGUCACACACACACACCGAAAGGCAAAAACGUACCAUCGGACCAUGCGUGUACCUAAAGAGAACCAGAGCGCCCUCCCUCUCCGACCGCACCCUGGAGCGAUGCCACGCAUCCCUCUUCCUCUCGCCCCCCAAUGGACCAGCAUUCCACACAGCCGACCUCACGCACACGAGCGCGCACACACCAACUGAACCCGGCAGAGCAGCAAACGCCAGUCCCGAGUAGGAGAGGGAAGACUAGGGCACCUGUCCCCACCUCCUCUUCUCUCCACCCGUCCCUCCCUCUGUCCCUCGUUCCCCCCAGCCUCGUCUUGAGACUGGACCCGAGCCACAUGCACCUGCCGGGCCGCUCUCCACGGGAUUGGCUGGCUGUAGUGGAGGGGCGGGGACCUAAAGCAGGAGGUGAGUAUCUGGACCAAUGGCACCGCUUGGAGAGAGGGGUCGGACCAAUAACGUCCCUCUCCUGUGAGCUCAUGAAGAAGGGAAAGGAGAGACUGAGUGGAGAGGAGAAGUGGAAAGAUGGUGGGAGGAGGACAGGAAGCAGAGAGACCUGCCGGGACAAACCGAGAGAAUGGCAGUGACCUGCGCGUGUGUAAGUGUGUGUGUACGCUGUUGUCCCUGUGUGUUAGCUGUGAGUGUGUGUCCAGAGAUGGGGCCAUAGAGGUUGGCAGCAGGUUUCAUUCCUUCCACAGAGCACGAACGAAGGAGAGAAAGAUGACUGCUUUGACUUUUUGAAAAGACGUUUACCCUCUUCUCCUCCUCCAUCCCUCCCCUCCGUCUUCCCUCCAUCAGUGAAAUGCAUAAAGUGCCAAUGUCAAUAUUUUCUUGAGUCACCUAAGCAUCCAGGAGGACCCGUUUUGAAAGCAGGCGUCCCCCCCCGGAUACAGAACUCUCUGGCACGGAACUCUCAUCGCCACGGACAAACCUCUCCGAUGCAGCUCGUGCACGGCUCUUGGUAACCAUAUAGACUGGGGGGGGAUGUUUGCACCUGAAACUAUGGGAACCGGGGAUGGUGUCUACGAAGGCCAAGACGUUCUCUGUGCAUCUCCUCCAGUCCUUUACUCCAGUACUGCUCUACCACACGUUUGCAUUCGUAUGUGAAUCUGUACUCUUCUCUUUAGGAAUGUUGGGGGGGGGGGGGUCUUUCAUUCACCUGGCAGUAUGCGUACCUCAGAGCGGGGACUGUAUGUGAGUUUUGAACCCCAGCGGGGACGGAUACUUUGCUGUGUGAGAAGUUGUAAUUGUGUCAGGGCAGCUCUAAUGUGUAUGUCGUAGUCUUGCAGCUAUCCAGAUGUAGAUCACACACACACACACACACACACACACACACACACACACACACACACAGGAUUGGCCAUAUAAGUAGGUCAGUGCAGAGAGAGAGGGAGAGGUGGUAGGUGACGCGGAACCCGAAUCUGUUAGUCCCCUUCAGUCCGGUUUGAACCUAUGGAUUGUUUCUGAAUGUGACCCAGAAUGGUAGACCCACAAUUCUCUCUGGCUUUAUAUAUUAGGAGAACCAGCUGUGCUGCUGUGGCUGCAUCCGUGACAUGUCCGUUUAAGCGAAGGACAUGAAUGCGCAGCUGGUUGUAGAAAAGAGAGGAGAAAGGAUUUGUUCACUCAAUUUAAAUUUCUGGGUUUUUCUGGGGUCGUCGUCGUCCCCCCCCCCCCCCCCCCCCCCCCCUCUUCUUCCAUGCAGUAGAAGGUUCCUCGUCUGUGAUAUAUCCGUGCGUUUCCACAGCUGUGACCUGCGUGUGGCUGGGGGGGUAGAGGAGGGUUUAUGUGUUGGGGGGGGGGGGGGGGGGGGGGGGUGUUGAUAUUCUUAGAGGCCUACACAGGUCAGUCAGGGGAAGUGAUGUCGUUUUAGAGAGAUACCUCUUCAGGGCGUUUUUUUCUUUUUUUUACCAAAAUGAAAGGGUUUUGUCUCACCUUUUUAACCUAAUGUGUUACUCGAUGUUCAAUGUGCCAAAUACCUGUCGCUGAUUGAUUCUGAUUGGCUGGGCUGACUGUUCUGGACCAAUGAGAAUCCUCCUAUCUGAACAGGCCCCUGCGGGGACGAACCCCUCAGCGCCAGCGUCUGGCCACACACACACUCUCUCUCUCUCUCAACCUUUUGAAUCUGAGGAGUGGGUCUUUUUUAAAGGGAACAAAACUGACCAAACUGGGGAUGUGGAAUAGAAGAGUGUGUGUGUUGUGUUGUGUGUGUGUCAGCAUGGAGUGAAUCUGGCUUUCAGCACCUCCACUUGUCACACACACACAGGGCUUGGUUGUAAUGGGUCUAUUCAGUGUGUGUGUGUGUUGUGUGUACAAGCAUGAGUGUGUGUGUGUGUGUGCGCUGCAUUCAAUCGCUUGUCAGUAUGUUUUAUUUAGUGGAGAUGUUUAUGUCGAACAUCAACACGCGCACACACAAGCUUGACAACAAAACAAGACAAUGAAAAGAGGCAGCAUAUAGGAAGGAGAAAAAAACUAAAAAAAUUUAAGUAUAUAUAUAUAUAUAUAUAUAUAUGAAUGAAUAUAUGUGUGUAUAUUAAAUGACAAAUGCUCUAGGUUUAUUUAAGAAGAUUUCACGAUGUAGAGACGAUCUUCAGCUGAGGAUGCUCUGUGUGAGCGUCGGGGUUUUGAAGUGUGUAAAUCUGUUUGUGGUGAAAACUUUGGAUCUUGCACAUAAAGACUUUAGCUAUCGUACCUUCAAAUUGCCAGAUUAUUUUUGUUUGAAUACCCGGACUCUUGCUCUUUCAUAUUUAUUGCGUGUUUUUUUGGGGGGGAGGGGGGGGGGGGAGGGAUAGCGCCCUCUGUCUACGAGCUCGCGCCAGGGGUCUCGCUAUAGAAUACUCCGGUUUACACACCACCAGACAAAUGAUUUGACACGUGCCACAAACAAACGCAAAUACUACUGGCUUUGGGUUACUAUUACCAUUAAAGUUAUGACGAUGAUGAUUACUGUUAUUGGUAAUAUUAUUAAAUGAUUAUUGUUAUUACAUUUUGUUUUAAUGAAUUUUGUUAUAUUGUUUUUAAGACCGCUAGGAGCAUAUGUGUUGGACUGCUUAUAUGAAACAGUUCAGAAAUAAAUACAUCAUUUUCUUUUGUCCGUG